ACACGGCUGCGUGCGAGUUUCGAAUUACUGUACGGCGGAUGCCGACUGUGAAGAUAGCAUAUGUCUCGAUGGACAAUGUAGAGCUGUGUGCCGUUCCGUCGCUGAUUGUUCAGAUGGAGAGAAAUGUAUUAACAACAAGUGUAUGGUAUCGUGUAUCACGCAUUCGCAGUGUCAAGGAGAUCAGACGUGUGUUAGUGGAGGCUGCAUUCUCGGUUGCCGCAGUAAUAAGAACUGCGCCACCACUGAAUCGUGUAUUAAUAACAAAUGUCAAGAUCCUUGCGGUAGAAAAGACGUAUGUGGGCCAAACGCAAUCUGCAGUUGCUCUAAUCAUGCUGUUGCGUGCACAUGUCCUCUUGGUUUCCAUGGUAAUCCUACUCCAGAACAGGGUUGCGUCCGAGUGCCAAGUAUAUGCCAAACUCCGCAAGAUUGUCCCAGUCAACAUCUGUGUGUGUCAGGCCUAUGCCAAUGUCAAUGCUUCGAACAGAACAAUUGCGCGCAGGGCGAACGUUGCAAGAACGGCAUUUGCGUGAAGAUAUGUUACAGCGAUAGUAAUUGUUUACCUGGCGAAUUAUGUAUCGAUGGCACAUGCGAAGCGGGCUGCACCUCGGACGUCGGCUGUAAACGCGAUGAAGUGUGCAUUAACAACAAGUGCAGAUGCAGCCACGGAUUUGUCGUUGGUCCUGAACAUUGCCUGGAUAUCAACGAAUGUGAAGACGAACCGUGUCAUCCGAGUGCUGAAUGCAUUAAUCUUCAUGGAUCUUAUCGCUGCACAUGUCCUCCAGGCACCGCGGGAGAUCCUGUAGGAUCGGGCUGUGUACUACCACAUCAAUGUACGGCGCAUACAGAUUGUCUGGACACGCAGGCCUGCAUUCACCACAAUUGUUCGGAUCCAUGCUCAGUCGUUGAUUGCGGAUUAAAUACCAUUUGCUCCGUUUUGGAUCACACAGCUGGAUGCCAAUGCCAACCUGGUUACAUCGGCGAUGCUUCGGGGUGCUUCAGAGUGGAAUGUCUUUCCAACAGCGAUUGUCCGACGGAUAAAUAUUGCAAUCUGGAAAUUAAUAAAUGUAGCAGUCCUUGCAAUCAAGUGAACUGCGGAUAUGGCAAUUGCAUAGCUCUCGAACAUAUCAGUGUGUGUAAAUGCUAUCCUGGCUUUGUCCUCGUCGGUGACAUCUGCACUGAUGUUAACGAAUGUUUGCAAGAUCCUUGUCAUUCCUCAGCUAUAUGCCAGAACACGGAAGGAUCAUUCGCCUGUGUUUGCCCGCAUGGUUUAGUAGGAGAUCCGUUUAAAACUGGUUGCAAGCAACCCGGUGAUUGCUUCACAGAUUCAGAUUGUCCGAAUUCAGCCGCUUGCGUUGACAACAGAUGCACCAAUCCAUGCGACACGCCGAGCAUUUGUGGUAGAAAUGCGGAAUGUUUUGCACGCGAUCAUGUUCCAAUCUGCAGAUGUCCAGGACAAACUAAGGGAAAUCCAUCAACGGAAUGUAUUCAUCUGGAGUGCAACUACCACAGCGAUUGCAGUCAAUCAGAUGCAUGCUUUGAUCAUAAGUGCGUCGAUCCUUGCUCAGUUUCGAACGUUUGCGGACAUGGAGCUGAUUGCUCUUCGCUCAAUCAUAGCGCAGUAUGUAUCUGCCAACCUGGCGGUACAGGUGAUCCGAAUCUUGGAUGCACUCCGGUUCAGUAUUGCAGAAGUGACUCGCAGUGCGCAACCGGUUCAGCGUGCAAUGGAGGCGUGUGCACAGCGCUUUGUGAAAGUACCAGAGAUUGCAUCGGCGAUCAACUGUGUAUCAACGGUCUUUGCCAGCCCACCUGUAGAAGUAAUUCUAGCUGCCCAGAAUAUCAAUACUGCCAUAAUAAUAUAUGUGUUCAAGAAUUACGUUGUACGUCGGACAGUGAUUGCGGAUAUGAUGAAAAGUGCAUUAAAAAUAGUAUUGGACAGGCGGAGUGUCAUAGAGCUUGCGACUUGAUACUCUGUGGCCGUAACGCCGAAUGCAAGUCUGAUAAUCACAUCGCAACAUGCACUUGUAAGUCGGGCUUUUUCGGAAAUGCCAAAGACGACAAAAUUGGCUGCCAACCUAUCGAGUGUGAAGUCCACGACGACUGUACUCAGGAGAAGAUCUGCGAUUUUCAUAGAUGUAGAAUCGCCUGUCUCGCGCAUAAUCCUUGCGGUGUGAAUGCUAUUUGCACAGCGGAGAAACACGUUCAAGUUUGCACAUGUCAACCAGGCUACACAGGAGAACCCACGCGUGCUUGCGCACUGAUAGAUUACUGUGCGAAUACGCCUUGCGCACCGGGUGCACUGUGCGAAAAUUCGCGUGGAUAUUUCAAGUGCCAUUGUCAACCUGGUACAGUCGGUGAUGCUUAUAACAGUGGCUGCCAACCGCCAGUAGAGUGUCUCCACGACGUAGAUUGUCCGUUAACUGCUAAAUGUGUUAAUAUCAACAACGUACCGAAGUGUUUCGAUACCUGCGCACGUAUACAGUGUGGUCCAAACGCUGAUUGUGUCGCGAGUAAUCACGCCGCAAGUUGUCAGUGUCGCACCGGUUACGAAGGCGAUCCUAUUUCGAACGUGGGAUGUCGUCCGAAAUCAGUGGUCUGCUCGUCACACGUCGACUGUGCAGCCAAUACCUAUUGUUACGAAGGCAUUUGUCGACCAUCUUGCCUAUCGGAUGAAGAAUGCAACUUAUUCGACGUUUGCUUGAAUGGACAAUGCUUAGAUCCAUGCGACGUGAAAUCGGCCUGCGGUAUAAAUGCCGAAUGUAAGGUGAAGAGUCACAUUAAGCAGUGUAGCUGUCCACCAGGCUUCACCGGUAACUCCGAAGUGGAAUGCGUAAGAUUGCCAGUGUCCUGUCUAGGAAGCAGGGACUGCAGCAAGGGCAACACCUGUCGCGAGAAUGUUUGCUUGCCGAUCUGCACCGCCGACGAUCAGUGCGCAUUGAAUGAGAAAUGCAUCCGCGGCAAUUGCUUGCUGACCUGCCGGCUGGACAAUGACUGCUUCCUGGGCCACAUCUGUCUGAAGAACAUGUGCUCGUUCGGUUGUCGCGCUGAUGAGGAUUGCAACGCGAAUGAGGCAUGCCUGGGGAACAAAUGCGUGAAUCCAUGCAAGGCCACAUCGUGCGGACCGAACGCCAAGUGCACAGUCUUCAACCAGCGUGCCACCUGUUCUUGUCCGUCCGGUUUUAUACCGAAUCCGACGGCGAAGAUCGCAUGUCUGAGAACACCGGGUCCGAUCUGUCAGGCCAAUCGGGAUUGCGCCGCGGGCACGGCUUGCGUCAGCGGCAUUUGCACAGCCGUCUGCUCGACCAACGCGAACUGUUUGAGCAACGAGAGAUGUGAUAGCUCCGGCGUUUGUAAAUCACUCUGCAGACGGGACGAGGAUUGCAGAAGCGGUGAGAUCUGCGAAGGAUUAAUGUGUAUUUCCGGCUGUCGAGCGGACAUCGAGUGCCAAGAUAAUUACGCGUGCAUAAACAACCAGUGCACAGAUCCAUGCUCAUUGGCCGGCGCUUGCGGCGUAAACGCUAAGUGUGCAAUCGUAAAUCAUCAAAAGAUAUGUACAUGUCCAUCGCCCUUAGUGGGAGACGCUCGUAUUGGAUGCAAACAGGCCUUCCUUCCCUGCUUAUCUGAAUUUGAAUGUUCGCCAGGACAAGUGUGUUAUGGCAAAUCGUGUUAUUCCAUUUGCAGAAGCGAUGCAAAUUGCUUGAGCGAUGAACGAUGCGAUGGCGGAAUUUGUAAGGCGAUAUGCAACAGCGACGAUCAUUGCAUCGCGAAUCAAAUAUGUCACAAUCGCUUGUGCGAUAUUGGAUGCCGAAGCGAUAACACAUGUCCCAGUGACGAAUCUUGCAUCAAUAAUCAAUGCAGAAGUCCAUGCGAAGGCGGUAAGGCGUGCGGAGAAUGCGCGGGCUGUCGCGUCGUCAAUCACGUGGCUCAAUGUAACUGUCCCGCUAAUUAUUACGGCAACGCGUUGAUCAAUUGCGCCAAGACUAUGAUUCCUUGCGAUGGUUCGUGCGAGUGCGAUGAGAUCGGAUUCUGCACCACCAGUUGCCACAUUCAGGAUGACUGCUCCUGCGGGGAAGUCUGCUUUAGCGGAAAAUGCCGCAUUAAAUGCGACAUCAAUAACGCCUGUCCAAAGGGUUAUGUAUGCGACGGAGGUUUGUGCCUGGUUGGUUGUCGCACUCAUUCCGACUGUCCGUCAUCAUUGUCGUGCACAAAUGGCCAAUGCGAGAAUCCGUGUUCCGCUCAUGGAUCACCUUGCGGAAUAAACGCACUCUGCCGCGUCUCGAAUCAUCGCGCGGUAUGCUUGUGUCCCGAAGGAUAUCAGGGCGAGCCGAGCCAGGAAUGUUACCAGUUGGAAUGCCAUCACGAUGACGAUUGCGAGCCGAACAAACGUUGCAGUGAAUAUGGAGUUUGCACAAAUCCGUGCUUGCAACACAACGUUUGCGGCUUCAACGCGCAAUGUCGAGUGAUCAACAGGAAGGCACAGUGCUCCUGUCCACCCGGACACUUUGGUAAUCCGAAGAUCAAUUGCAAGAAAGGCGGAGAUGAAUGUCUACGAAGACCUUGCGGUAUUAACGCCAAAUGCCGAGAAACUCUGAAUGGUUUCGAAUGCACAUGUGAUCCAGGAUGCCACGGCGAUCCACACCAGGCCUGCCUCUGUGCCGGCGAUCUCUGUAAGGAUACUCGCUGCGGUGUCAAUGCAGCUUGUCGAAUUUAUAAGAAUCAGCCUCAAUGUUAUUGCCCACCGAAUCAUCCAUCAGGCGAUCCAAUGCACGCAUGUAGCUCAGAUAGAGAUUUAGGAGACUGUCGGACAAAUGGAUGUGGAAAGAACGCUGAGUGCAUUAGAGAUGGGGCUAUAUUUGUCUGCCGGUGUCCACCAGGUACAAGCGGCUCGCCAGAUAUCGAGUGCACAACAGAGCGCGAAUGCACCAGCGACUUAGAGUGCCCCAAUGAAAAAGCCUGCAUAAAUCUACAAUGUCUGGACCCGUGCGCGCUACGCGGUGCCUGUGGGAUCAAUGCUCUGUGCCGAGUGGUUCUGCACAAGCCGCGUUGCUCGUGCCCGCAGUGUUAUAUCGGUAUGCCCCACACGGCCUGCCAUCCAGAUUCCAAAUGCGACACGCUCAAUCCCAAACCUACGCCGAGCAUCGGUUGUUCCUCCGACUACGACUGUCCGGAGAGUCUCUCCUGCCACUCUCAGACAGGCGAGUGCCGCGAUCCAUGUUUGAGCUCCCGGUAUACCUGCGAGGUCAACAAGAGGUGUCAGGUGCGGAAUCACAAACCUAUGUGCGUUUGCAAAUACGGCUUCGUAGUCAACGAAAUUGGGGAAUUGACCUGCGCUCCUGACACGCUCACCUGCUCGAGGGACUUCGAUUGUCCCUCGAACGCCGCGUGCGUCAACGGAAAAUGUCAGAAUCCCUGUAACGUGCGAAACAAAAGACCAUGUUCGGCCGAUAAAACCUGCGAUGUCCUGGACCAUCGUCCCGUGUGCAUUUGCACCAAAAACUGCAAUCCCUCCCUCUCCAUUUGCCUGCGAGACAGUGGCUGCUCUCCAGACUUGGCGUGCCGCAACUAUCGCUGCGUGGAUCCAUGCAGAAACUCUACCUGUCCGGCUGAUGCCCCCUGUUACGUGGAGGAGCACAAGCCUAUCUGCAAGUUCUGUCCCCCCGGCUUUGUGCCAGAUACUAAAUACGGAUGCAUGAAAGCAGUUCUUCACCCCAUGCCCAAGCCAGUUUGCGAGUCCGAUGAUGACUGCAGCGACGCAGAAGCCUGCGUCAAAAGCUCCUGCGUUGAUCCUUGUAUCAACGAGUGUCAACUGACUGUUCAAUGUCGGGUUGAAGCGCAUAGGCCUAUUUGUGAUUGCGAUCCUAACGACCAACGUUGUUCAUCUGGUGGUGCAACGACGUUGCGUUCAGAUCACACUUUUAAAACCGACGUUUAUACUACAUUACAAACAACAACAAACGCUAGUAUUUUGCCGUCCACACCGCCUAUUUCCACUACAGAAGUUGCAUACACGAAGGAAAGCACAAUUUCUUUAACACAAGUUACUGAAAACUUGGUGAAAAAUAUUACCACUGAAACGAGUAGAUCAGAUACGACAACUGUCUCCACGGAAGUUAUUACCGAGUCUUCGGAACAUACGGGAACUGUAUUUACAACGCAAAGUACAGUUAGUACUAGCAUUUCAAUUCCAACGACGAACGUUGAUAUUUUAGAAAACGUUACAUCUAGUCACUUUACGACUCCAAUGUCUGAAACCACUUCAACGGAACAUGCAAGUACGAUUACUUCCGAAAUCGAAUCGACAAGUACUCCUAUUAUUCCAACUACAUACAAGGAAGAAACUAUUACAGAAAAUGUAUCUUCUUUUACUGUGAUUUCAACAACGAGCGAAUCUGAAGAGAAUGCUACGACGACCAAGCUACCCGAAACUACUAUUAUUGCAGAGAAUGUUACUCUAAUUUUUCCAUUUACUGAGAGUACUACAAUUUUCGAUAAAAGUACUGAAACAAUUUCCACACCGACGGAAGUAAGUAGUACGCAUGCAGAAAUUCCUGAGAAUAUAACUAUAGUUCCUACUACAGAAGUUCCUGAUAUAAAUGUAGAAACUUCAACAGUAAUAACGACUACACAACGAUAUUUUACUACCACAGAAUGUAAAGAAUUAACAGUAAAGCCGGAAGAAAUCACUGAGCCAUAUACAGAGAAUACUAUUAGCACAACGACGACUGCAACAUUUACGAUGUCAUCUCCAGAUGUCUCAGAACAUACCGAAAUAACUACGAUAAAUAUUGAACAUGAUACUGCCGAAGAAAUCACUCAAGAAACCAGCACUGCCGAAACUGCAUCUUUGCAUACAACUGAGCCAUAUGUAAAAGAUACUACUCCAUUAUCUGCAAUUACAACUGAAUCUCCCAUAUUUACGUCAAAGGAAUUAAUUACUGAUAACAUCUCUCAGAAAGGCACUGAUAUUUCUACAGAAACCUCCACUACUGAACAAUACACCACAUCUUAUCUUACCACACAAGAAUACUCUACAGAACAAUACACUACUUUGAAGCAGUACACUACACCUGAACAAAUUACAGAACAGAUUUUGACUACAGAACAAUCCAGCACUCCUGAAUAUUCUACAACAGAACAGCUUAAAACAUCUCAACAGCCUACAGAACAGUACACUACACGCGAACAAUUUACAGAACAGAUCUCGACUACAGAACAAUCCAGCACUCCUGAAUAUUCUACAACAGAACAGCUUAAAACAUCUCAACAGCCUACAGAACAGUACACUACACCCGAACAAUUUACAGAACAGAUCUCGACUACAGAACAAUCCAGCACUCCUGAAUAUUCUACAACAGAACAGCUUAAAACAUCUCAACAGCCCACAGAACAGUACACUACACGCGAACAAUUUACAGAACAGAUUUCGACUACAGAACAAUCCAGCACUCCUGAAUAUUCUACAACAGAACAGCUUAAAACAUCUCAACAGCCUACAGAACAGUACACUACACCUGAACAAUUUACAGAACAGAUUUCGACUACAGAAUCCGGCAUAUCACAACACUCUACAGAAAAGCAUUUCACUACAGAACAGUUUUGGACAUCAGAGCAACCUACUGAACAAUAUACUGUAUCUGAACAGUCUACAAAACAGAUCUCUACUACAGAACAAUAUAGCACAUUCGAAUAUUCCACAGAGGUACAUUCUACUACCGAACAAUCUAAAGAAUCUACGCAAUCAUCCUUUACUACCGUGCAAUAUAGUACAACUGAAUAUUCCACGGAAGAAUAUUCUACUUCUGAAAAAUCUACAGAACAAUCCGUCACUGAAAUUAGCCGGAAUAAAACAAAUAUGAUUUGCAACUUAGACACAGAUUGCACGGAAUGUGAGAUUUGCAUUGAUCGUCUAUGCCAGAAUCCAUGUAGAGUUAAUAAUCCAUGCCCUGAGAAUGUUUUAUGCGACGUUACGAAUCACCGGCCUGUGUGCUUAGACUCAAGUACCGAGCAGAGUACGUCUAAUUGUAGCAUACUCCCAGACGUGAAAUGCACGACGCACAACGACUGUCCCAUUCAACUGGCCUGCAUAAAUCAACAAUGUCUGAAUCCUUGCACUUUGGGCAAUCCGUGCGACUUCGUCGAAGUUUGUCAUGUACAUUAUCAUAGGCCGGUCUGCGUUAAAGAGGAUUUCAAUGAAACGAAAUGUCCUUACUGCCCGCCCGGUAUGCAAUGCGACCCAUUGACAAAUACAUGCGUGAAAGCGGGUUGCACUAGCAACAGGGAUUGCCCGCUGACAGAGGCGUGCAUUGGGCACACUUGCCAGGAGCCAUGUUUAGUUCGAAAUCCGUGUGCGGAACAUGCCAUUUGCAUUAAUACGAAUCACGGAGCCGAUUGCAGCUGUGAGGAAGACUAUCAUGGAAACGGAUUCUCCUAUUGCGAUUUGCUGGAAGAGGGCAAGAAUAUUUGCCAAUACAACGAAGACUGUCCCCCGCACAAAUACUGCGAUCGCCUCAACAGACUGUGUAUCAAUCCUUGCGUCGAACAUGACUGCGGAGAAAACGCGAAGUGUGUCUCCAGUAACCAUGAAGCGCAGUGUACGUGCCUUCCUGGAUAUCAAGGAAAUCCUCAGAUUGACUGCCAGGAGAUACCGACCUCUAAUCCUUGCGUACCAAAUCCUUGCGGUUUGAACGCUUUGUGCGAGAACGAUAAUGGAAAUCCCGUUUGUUUCUGCCCGAAAGGCCUAACUGGAAGUCCGUUCGAGCAAUGCAUUCCUGAAGGUGAUCAGUGUGAAGGCAACCCUUGCGGUGCGAACUCGGGAUGUCGGGUGAUAAAUGGACAGGUGAAGUGCUUCUGUCUGCCUGGCUACGAAGGAGAUCCGCCGCACGUUCCCUGCAUACUCCCCAGCACUUCUUGCGAGCCUUCUCCUUGCGGUCCCAACACUCGCUGUUCCGUAUUGAGCAACGGCUUUGCAAAGUGUACCUGUCUACCUGGAUACAUUGAAAGUCCUAACACUAUCAGAGGAUGCGUACCGAAAGAAAAUCAAUGCGACUUUAAUCCAUGCGGCUUUGGAGCGAUAUGCAACAGUACGAGAGUACCACCUUGUUACUGCCCGGAUCUCAUGAUUGGAAAUCCAUAUAAGAAUUGCGGAGCACGCCCAGCGGAACCGUACGAUCCCUGUCUGUUAUCGCCUUGCGGCAAGAAUGCUAUUUGUACAGUAGUCAAUGGCGCAGCUAAAUGUACAUGCGUACCGCCAUUCAUUGGCAAUCCUUAUCUGGAUGGUUGUGAAGCCGAAUGCAUCAUUAAUCGAGAUUGCGAGGGUCAUCUGGCUUGUUUCAAUCAGCAUUGUAGAGAUCCAUGUCCAGGCGUGUGUGGCGCCAAUGCGCGAUGCGAAGUCGUCGAUCACCUACCGAUGUGCUCUUGUUUGCCGGGAUAUACCGGAGAUCCGUUUAGAGCCUGCAAAGUGGAGAGGCCUAUAAUACCUGAUCAGAAUCCAUGCUUGCCGUCGCCAUGCGGCCCGCACAGUAUUUGCCGUGUGAUGAACGAUCGUGCUGUUUGCUCCUGUAGUCCGGGUUACCAAGGCACGCCGCCGCAUUGCCGUCCCGAAUGCCUCGUCAGCACAGAAUGCCCAGCUCACCUGGCUUGUAUCAAUCAGAAAUGUAACGAUCCUUGCCCGGAUUUGUGCGGUUUGAAUGCUGAUUGUCAGGUCGUGAAUCACAAUCCCAUCUGCAGUUGUCCUCGUCAAUAUGUCGGCGAUCCAUUCACGCAUUGCGCCAAGGAAGAACCGUUACCACCAACCACGAAUCCUUGUUUGCCGUCGCCUUGCGGACCUAACGCUGAUUGCCGCGUCCAAGAAGAUCAUCCCAUCUGCACGUGUAUUAGCGGUAUGUACGGAGCACCGCCGAAUUGUAGACCAGAGUGUGUCAUCGAUCAAGAUUGCGUCAGUUCCUUAGCAUGUAUUCAAAAGAAGUGUUUGGAUCCGUGCAUUGGAUCAUGCGGAUUCAACACAAAUUGCGCAGUGCAAAAUCAUCGACCGAUAUGCCAGUGUUACGAAGGCUACGAAGGAGAUCCUUUCUCAGGCUGUGCCAAAACUGUCUUCCCAGCGCCAUUGCCGUGCGAUCCUUCGCCAUGCGGUGCAAACGCCGUAUGCAAGGAGCGUAAUGGCGCGGGCUCUUGCACUUGCCUGCCCGAUUACACCGGCGAUCCGUACGAGGGCUGCAGACCAGAAUGCGUUCAAAAUUCAGAUUGCAUUCACACGAAGGCUUGCAUCAACAACAAGUGCAAGGAUCCAUGCAUUGGAGCGUGCGGAAUUAAUGCACAAUGUCAAGUUUAUAACCAUCAACCGUCCUGCAGCUGUCUUUCUGGUUACACCGGAGAUCCACUUACAUCUUGUCACAUACCAUUAGAACCUCCAGUACCGGGUGAUACGUGCCAACCGUCUCCCUGUGGACCAUACAGCAAUUGCCGCGUCGUUGAUAAUCACGCAGUAUGCUCCUGCCAACCUAAUUACAUCGGUAGCCCACCGUCAUGCCGACCAGAAUGCGUGGUCAGUACCGACUGCAGCCCGAAUGCAGCGUGCAUCAAUCAGAGGUGCAAAGAUCCAUGUGCAGGCACGUGUGGCGUGAACGCGGAUUGUCGAGUAAUCAAUCAUAAUCCAGUCUGCAUUUGUGCGAUCGGCUAUAGUGGAGAUCCAUUCUUCGGAUGCGUUAAAGAAGAAGUGACACCAAUACCAAAACCGGGCGGCAAUCCGUGCAUCCCUCCGCCAUGCGGGCCGAAUUCCCAGUGCCGCGUAAUCGACGGUUUUCCAGCGUGCUCAUGCUUACCGAAUUACGUUGGCCGUGCACCAAACUGUCGUCCCGAAUGUGUCAUUAACGAGGGAUGUCCCGGGAACUUGGCGUGCCAGAACGAACAGUGCGUGGAUCCGUGCCCAGGCUCUUGCGGCGUGAAUACAUAUUGCAAUGUUGUAAAACACAAUCCUAUCUGUAUCUGUAACGAAGGCUACACCGGCAAUCCGUUCACAGAAUGUACACCCAUCGUGGAAGCGCCUAUUACAACGGAGCAACCUCGCACACCGUGCAAUCCAUCGCCGUGCGGUGCUAACGCCGUGUGCAACGAGCGAAAUGGCGUCGGAUCUUGCACAUGCCUGCCGCAGUACUUCGGCGACCCGUACAUCGCCUGCAGACCCGAAUGCGUGACUAACGCCGAUUGCGACCGCAGCAAAGCCUGCCUGAACAACAAGUGCAUCAAUCCGUGCCCGGGUACAUGUGGCCAGGAUGCAACCUGCCGCGUCGUCAAUCACGCACCGAUGUGUUCCUGUUUGCCAGGCUACACCGGCGAUCCGGUGAACGGCUGUACUAUCUUGGAAAUUGUGACGCCGCUGCCCGCGCCGACCGAUCCUUGCGUACCGUCGCCGUGCGGACCCAACAGCAAUUGCCGAACUCACGACGGUCACGCGGUGUGUCUGUGCCAGCCAGGAUUCUCCGGCAUUCCACCGAACUGCCGACCAGGUUGCAUCGUCAGCUCCGAGUGCUCGCAGAACAAAGCGUGUAUCAAUAACAAGUGCGCGGACCCGUGUCCGGGCUCUUGCGGGCAGAACACCAACUGUCUCACGGUGAACCACAAUCCUAUCUGCAGCUGUGCCAGCGGCUACGUUGGCGAUCCCUUCGUACACUGCACCAGGAUCAGUACCAUAUCGCCGUUGCCGAAGGGAGAGGAAGACCCGUGCGUGCCGAAUCCAUGCGGCCCGAACUCGCAAUGCAAAGUAGUCGGCUCGAGUCCGGCGUGCUCCUGCUUGCAGAACUACAUCGGCCGUCCGCCGAACUGCAGACCGGAGUGCACCGAUAACUCGGAAUGCUUCAACAGCGCGGCGUGCAUUAAUCAAAGAUGCAAGAGUCCUUGUCCUGGCGCUUGCGGCGAAUUUGCCAGAUGCACGGUGCAGAAUCACGUUCCAAUUUGCGCUUGCUCCGAGGGAUACGAGGGCGAUCCCACUGUGCGUUGCGUCCUAGCAUCUCCACCAGUGACAGACAAGCCUGUGUCGAAUCCGUGCUCACCGAAUCCUUGCGGCCCCAACGCGCAAUGCCGCGAGAGAAACGGAGCAGGCGCUUGCAUAUGUCCACCUGAUCUGAUAGGUGAUCCUUACGAUGUCAUCAGGGGAUGCCAUAAGGAAUGCGAGACGAAUAAUGAUUGCGCGCCGCAGCUGGCGUGUGUUGGCUUCAAAUGCACAGAUCCGUGUCCCAAUUCGUGUGGAACGUUGUCCAUAUGUAACGUACAAGCGCACGUUCCUGUCUGCCUGUGCCCACCAGGAUAUACGGGAGAUCCAUACUUUGCUUGCGAGGUCGAGGAAAUGACAAAAACGUUGGAGCCAUGCUCUCCAUCACCUUGUGGACCCAACAGUAAAUGCCGAGUUGUCAACGGUCAAGCUGUGUGCACUUGUUUACCAGAGUACAGAGGUAUUCCACCAUCAUGCAGGCCAGAAUGCAUCGUUAAUGCUGAAUGUCCGCCACAUCUGGCAUGUGUAAACAAGAAAUGCGCGGAUCCUUGCCCGAACACCUGUGGACUGAGGGCGCAGUGUACUACGAAAAAUCACAACCCGAUCUGCACUUGUCCUGCUGGCUUCACGGGAGAUCCUUUCACUUUAUGCUCGCCACAUGUUACUAGCGAUUAUCCGAUAACUGAGCGGCCACCGUCUUGCACCCCAUCUCCUUGCGGUCCGAACUCUUUGUGUCAAAUUAUAUCCGGCAAUCCCGCGUGCUCUUGCCUGCCAAAUUAUAUUGGCGUACCGCCGCAAUGUCGACCCGAAUGCAUCUUGAGCUCCGAAUGCAAGAGCCUUCUCGCUUGCGUCAAUCAGAGGUGUGCGGAUCCAUGUCCGGGUUCGUGCGGAGUAAACGCUCAGUGUCACGUAUUAAACCAUUUGCCAGUUUGCACGUGUAUAGAAGGUUUUACCGGAGAUCCAUUUACGCAAUGCAGCAUUAUUCCGCCAGUUACAGUACCACCACCCAUAGAUCCUUGUGCUCUAUCUCCAUGUGGCCCGAACGCCAUAUGCGAUAAUGGCGAAUGCAAAUGCUUGCCCGAGUACAUCGGUAAUCCUUAUGAAGCCUGUCGUCCGGAAUGUAUCCUCAAUUCUGAAUGCCCGCGCGAUAAAACUUGUCUGAAGAAUAAGUGCAAAGAUCCGUGUCCCGGAAUAUGCGGUCAGAACGCACGGUGCGACGUGGUAAAUCACAUUCCCGUCUGCUCCUGUUCAUCCGGCUACAUAGGCGAUCCGUUCGUCAGUUGCCGCGUUCAACCUAAAGUGCCAGAUUCUCAAAGGGAUCCAUGCACGCCGUCGCCCUGCGGACCUAACAGUCAGUGUCGCAACAUCGAGGAUCACGCUGUGUGCUCUUGUAUUCAAGGAUACCUCGGUUCUCCGCCGUCUUGUAGACCGGAGUGUAUUGUUAGCUCUGAGUGUCCACCAACACGAGCUUGCGUAAACAAAAAGUGCACGGAUCCUUGUCUGGGUUCUUGCGGUUUGAACGCGAGGUGCGAAGUCAUCAAUCACUCGCCGAUAUGCAGUUGUCUGCCCGGACAGACUGGAGAUCCGUUUAGGAGCUGUUACGACAUUCCACUACCACUGGAGCCUAAGGAUCAUGGCGAUCCUUGCAAUCCUUCGCCAUGCGGACCGAACGCGCUUUGUCAGAACGCAAACGGACAACCAUCGUGUUCGUGUCUACCCUCGUACAUCGGCAUUCCGCCAUCUUGUCGGCCGGAGUGUCUCAUCAACCCUGACUGCCCUGCAGAAAAAUCCUGCAUAAAUAUGAAAUGUAAAGAUCCUUGCCCGGGAUCCUGCGGAGACAACGCUGAAUGCAAAGUAGUGAAUCACGCUGUGACUUGUUCGUGUAAGAUCGGAUACACGGGCAAUCCGUUUGUGCAAUGUAUAUUAGAAGAGGAAACGAUAAAUCCGUGCGAGCCUUCGCCGUGCGGAGCCAACGCGAUCUGUCAGCAGCGAGAUAACGCAGGAGCCUGCAUAUGCAUCGAGGACUAUCACGGAAAUCCUUACGAAGGCUGUCAACCGGAGUGUGUCCUCAGCGCGGAUUGUCCCACGAACAAGGCUUGCGUUCGCAAUAAAUGUAAAGAUCCUUGCCCAGGCGUAUGCGGCAUCCGGGCGCAGUGCUCAGUGAUCAAUCACAUUCCUACGUGCACUUGCGAACCUGGAUACAUCGGAGACCCGUUCACAAUUUGCACGCUUCAACUGGAAGUGGACACCGAAUCUACCGUCAGAGACCCGUGCUCGCCCUCACCCUGUGGACCGAACAGCUUAUGCCGCGCGAUAAACGAUCAAGCCGUAUGCACGUGUCAAGAAUCCUUCGUGGGUGCCCCACCGAACUGCAAGCCGGAAUGCGUUGUCAAUUCGGAGUGUCCGCAAAGUAAAGCGUGUUACAAAUAUAAAUGCACGGAUCCGUGCCCCGGCACUUGCGGAGUGGAAGCCAAUUGCCGUGUCAUCAAUCACAAUCCGCUCUGCAGUUGUCCGCAAGGAAAGACGGGCGAUCCCUUCUCCAGAUGUUUCCCUGAACCCGUUAUGCCGUUACCACCAGUGGAUCCUUGUUUCCCUAGUCCUUGUGGACUCUACGCGGAGUGUAAAGUUGUAAACAAUCAAGCCGCAUGCAGCUGUUUGAAAAAUUACAUUGGAAUACCGCCCAAUUGUCGCGCAGAAUGCGUAGUUAACACAGAUUGCGCAUCGGAUCAAGCUUGCAUCUCAGAAAAAUGUCGCGAUCCAUGCAUCGGCUCUUGCGGCCAGAAUGCUGAUUGCCGAGUUCAGAAUCACAUACCAGUCUGCUUAUGUCAACCUGGCUAUUCUGGCGAUCCCUUCUCUCUAUGCACUGUAAUUAGGGAACAACCAAAGAUCCCUGAAGAUUUGUGCAAUCCGUCUCCUUGCGGGCCUAAUGCGGAAUGCAAUGAAGGUGUAUGCACUUGUCUUCGUAAUUACUUCGGAGAUCCAUACUCGUACUGUCGACCAGAAUGCACGAUGAAUUCUGAUUGUCCUCGCAUCAAAACGUGCAUCAAUCAAAACUGCGUAGAUCCUUGCCCGGGCACGUGCGGUCGUGAUGCACGUUGCGACGUUGUCAAUCACGUUCCAAUGUGUAGCUGUCCACCUGGCUACACCGGAAAUCCGUUCCUUCUGUGUCGACCACAUAUACCAGAUGAUACUAUUAAACAACCAUGCAGUCCUUCGCCUUGCGGACCAAACAGCAUCUGCAAAGCUGUAAGUGGUCAUGCUGUAUGCUCGUGCCAGCCUGGUUUAAUUGGUAGUCCACCCGCCUGUAGACCAGAAUGUGUGGUCAGUGCCGACUGUCCAUUGACACAAGCGUGCCUGAAUAACAAAUGUCAAGAUCCAUGCCCAGGCACCUGUGGACAGAAUACAAAUUGUCAAGUAGUCAAUCAUAAUCCGAUAUGCAGCUGCUCUGAAUCUUACACGGGCGAUCCCUUCACUAUAUGCUAUCCACAGCCGAAAACACCGCCUGCGCCGAUAAACCCGUGUCAGCCAUCGCCUUGCGGUCCUAACGCGGAAUGUCAAGUGAGAGGUGACAGUCCUGCGUGCUCGUGCAUCGAAAAUUACAUCGGUUUGCCGCCGAAUUGUAGGCCGGAGUGCACUAUCAAUCCCGAGUGUCCGCCGCAGUUAGCGUGCAUGCAACAAAAGUGCCGCGACCCGUGCGUCGGUCUGUGCGGUUUGAACGCGCAGUGCUCAGUAGUGAAUCAUCAUGCGGUUUGUGCGUGUAUCGCCGGAUACAACGGAAAUCCAUUCAGCGCUUGCGAACGAAUACCCGAGGAUACGCCCCUAGACAUUAGAAAACCAUGCGAGCCUUCGCCGUGCGGCGUCAAUGCUAUCUGCCGCGAAAGCAAUGGUGUUGGCUCGUGUACCUGUCUGCCGGACUAUCUAGGUGAUCCCUAUCAAGAAUGCAGACCCGAAUGCACGCAAAAUUCUGACUGUUUGACGAGAAUGGCGUGUGUGAGCCUGAAAUGCAAAGACCCUUGUCCAGGAACAUGCGGAGUCAAUGCCCAAUGCCAAUCGGUUAAUCAUCUGCCGAUCUGUACUUGCAUUCCCGGCUAUACUGGCAACCCCUUCACAUACUGUUCCCUGAUAGUUCAAGACAUCCUUCCAGAAAUAAACCCAUGCAGCCCAUCUCCCUGUGGACCAAACAGCAAGUGUCGUGAUAUAAACCGCCUUGCUGUUUGCACCUGUCUCCCGAAUUUUAUCGGCAAUCCUCCCAACUGUCGUGCCGAAUGCGUGGUGAACAGUCAAUGCUCUCCGGAUCUCGCUUGCAUCAAUCAGAAAUGUACAUCGCCCUGCCCGGACCCGUGUGGAAUAAAUACCCAGUGCAAAGUGAUUAAUCACAGCCCGAUUUGCACCUGCAAUCUCGGUUACACUGGAGAUCCUUUCUUGAGAUGUUUCCCCGCGCCACAAGUACUAGAUUUCCCUAUAGCCCCCAAAGACCCGUGCGUACCGUCCCCGUGCGGUAUGUACGCGGAAUGCAGAAAUAUCGGCGGUACAGCAUCGUGCUCCUGUUCGCCGACCUACAGAGGAUCACCGCCAAAUUGUCGCCCCGAAUGCCGCAUCAAUUCCGAUUGCCCGAUGAAUCUUGCCUGCGGCAACGAGAAAUGCAGAGAUCCCUGCUUAGGCUCUUGCAGUAUUACUUCAUUAUGCACAGUCUAUAAUCACGUACCAGUAUGCACCUGUCCCGAGGGAUACACCGGUGACCCCUUCAGCAAUUGUUAUCUGAAACCGAUUGCAACUGCACCUACAAUUAGCGACCCGUGCGAUUUGAAUCCUUGUGGACCGAAUGCCCGAUGCAACAAUGGUAUCUGCAUAUGCUUGCCCGAAUAUCAGGGUGAUCCUUACGUAGGAUGCCGUCCCGAAUGUAUUACAAAUAUCGAUUGCGCUCACAAUCGGGCGUGCAUUCGCAACAAAUGUGUGGAUCCUUGUCCGGGCACAUGCGGCCGAAAUGCAUUGUGUUCCGUGUAUAAUCACGUACCGAUGUGUACUUGUCCGGCCGGAAUGGCCGGUAAUGCCUUCGUUCAAUGUUCCGUUCUCCAAGAUACCCCGCAAGGAAAUCCUUGCUCGCCCUCGCCCUGCGGACCCAACAGUGUUUGCCGAGAAAAUAACGGGCAACCUGUGUGCUCGUGUGUGACGGGAUUCCUUGGCGUACCGCCAGCAUGCAGACCUGAAUGCACUAUCAGUGCCGAUUGUCCUCUGACGGAAGCUUGCAGCAAUCAGAAAUGCAUCAAUCCUUGCCUCGGCGCGUGCGGAAUACGAGCCACAUGUCAAGUGAUCAAUCACAAUCCCAUUUGUAGCUGCGGAGAACUAAUCGGAGACCCAUUCAUUCAAUGCACUCCACGACCACUCGAACCGGUGAUACCAACAAACCCCUGUGUGCCGUCCCCUUGCGGAGCGAACGCUGAGUGUCGAAUUGUAGGCGAUGCGUUCUCGUGCUCAUGUCUAGCUGGAUUCCUCGGUACACCGCCGAAUUGUAGGCCGGAAUGUAUUAGCAACAGCGAAUGCCCCUCUCACUUGGCAUGUAUAAAUCAGAAAUGCAGAGAUCCUUGCGAAGGCUCGUGCGGAGCUAAUGCUGAAUGUCGUGUAGUGAGUCACACACCUAUGUGCGUUUGCCCUAGCGACUUCACUGGCGAUCCGUUCACACAGUGUACAAUAAAGCCACCCGUAUCACUCGCAGUGUCGCCUUGUAAGCCGUCACCUUGCGGUUUUAAUGCUAUCUGCAAGGAACAGCACGGUGCUGGAUCCUGUUCUUGCCUACCUGAUUAUGUCGGCAAUCCUUAUGAAGGAUGUCGACCGGAAUGCGUUGUUGAUACAGAUUGCAUAUCUACAUUUGCUUGCAUACAAUCGAAAUGUAAAGAUCCGUGCCCCGGUGUUUGUGGACAAUUCGCUGAAUGUCAAGUUAUUAAUCAUCGACCUUCUUGCACAUGUAUUCCCGGUUAUAGCGGUAAUCCCUUCCAGUACUGCAUCGUGUUCCGUGACACUGUCGAAACUCCGAAGGAUGUGUGCAAUCCAUCGCCUUGCGGACCCAACAGCCAAUGCCGUGUUAAUAAUAAUCAAGCAGUUUGUUCUUGCCUUCCGACUUUCAUCGGUAGUCCACCCGCAUGUCGCCCUGAAUGCGUGACAAGCUCAGACUGUCCGCUUACACUUGCUUGCGUGAAUCAAAAGUGUCAAGAUCCUUGCCCUGCCUCGUGCGGUAGAAAUUCAAAUUGCAGAGUCAUCAAACAUAAUCCGAUCUGCUCUUGCAAAAACGGCUAUACUGGCGAUCCAUUUACUGUCUGCUUCCAAACGCCCGUGAGUCCACCCAUUGUAAAUGACAUUGUGAGAGACCCAUGUGUACCGUCGCCUUGCGGUGCAUUUUCUGAAUGCCGUGACAUAGGAAGAGUCCCAUCAUGUUCUUGUUUACCAACGUACAGAGGCAGUCCGCCAAAUUGUAAACCAGAAUGCACGGUUAAUAUAGAAUGUCCAGCCAAUAUGGCUUGCAUGCAGCAAAAAUGUAGAGAUCCCUGUCCGGGUUCAUGCGGCAUAAUGGCCGAGUGUAGUGUCAUAAAUCACGUGCCGAUUUGCUCAUGUUUGCCCGAUUACACCGGCGAUCCUUUCACCGCGUGUUCCAUAAAUUCAAUUGUUCCAAUAUCUAAACCGGAUCCAUGCACACCUACACCUUGCGGACCCAAUGCGCAAUGUAACGGAGGAGUUUGCACUUGCAUAGUGGAAUAUUUCGGGGAUCCUUACAGUGGCUGUCGCCCAGAAUGCGUAUUGAAUAACGAUUGUCCGAACACGCAAGCAUGCGUGCGAAACAAAUGCAUAGAUCCCUGUCCAGGCAUCUGUGGCCAAAAUGCUGUGUGCAAUGUAUACAAUCAUGUUCCUAUGUGUAGUUGUCCCUCAGGAAUGGAUGGAAAUGCCUUUGUCUUGUGUUCUCCCGUCACAGUAACUCCCGUUAGCGACCCUUGUAAUCCGUCGCCAUGUGGCCCGAACAGUCAAUGUCGGCAAAAUAAUAUGCAGGCUGUGUGCAGUUGCAUAACCGGAUUUGUCGGAGCACCUCCGACUUGCAGGCCCGAAUGUGUAAUUAGCUCAGAUUGUCCAAAGAACGAGGCGUGUACCAAUCAAAAAUGUCGAGAUCCAUGUCCAGGAAGUUGCGGACGCAACACAAUUUGCAACGUUAUUAAUCACAAUCCCGUUUGUGUUUGUCGUCCUGGAAUGACCGGAGAUCCGUUUAUCAAUUGCUUCCCACUUCCUGCGGAACCAUUACCCGUGCUCAAUCCCUGUCAACCAUCGCCAUGCGGACCAAACGCGCAAUGCCAAGUGAUAAAUGAUCAAGCCUCUUGCUCGUGCCUGCAAGAAUUUAUCGGAUCGCCUCCGAAUUGUCGAUACGAGUGUAUCAGCAAUAGCGAAUGCUCAAACAAAAUGGCCUGCAUUAACCAAAAAUGUCGCGAUCCAUGUAUCAACGCGUGUGGAAUCAAUGCCGUUUGCAAUGUUGUUAGUCACACGCCGAUGUGUGCGUGUACACCCGGUUACACUGGCGAUCCAUUUACACAGUGCUCUCCCCAACAAUUCGACAUACAACCUAGUAUACCCACACCGUGCACGCCAUCUCCGUGUGGUGCGAAUGCAAUAUGCAGAGUGCAGCAAAACGCUGGUUCUUGCUCAUGUUCGCCCGAUUAUGUGGGCAAUCCUUACGAAGGAUGCAGACCCGAAUGUACACUUAAUUCUGACUGUCCGUCUAAUCAAGCGUGCAUUGGUUUGAAGUGCAAAGAUCCAUGCCCAGGAACGUGUGGCCAGAACGCGCAAUGUUACGUGAUUAAUCAUUCACCGACUUGCACGUGUUUCGAACGAUACACAGGAAAUCCAUUUAUAUUCUGCAAUCUUAUCCCUGAAACUCCGAUUGUAUACGAUAAUGUCGAUCCUUGUCAAAUAUCUCCUUGCGGACCGUACAGUCAAUGUAAACCGAGCAAUGGCCAAGCUGUUUGCUCUUGCCUUCCAACUUAUAUCGGCGCACCGCCCGGUUGUAGACCCGAGUGCACUGUUAGCACAGAUUGCCCGACAAAUCGAGCUUGUGAAAAUAAUAAGUGCGUUGAUCCUUGCCCCAACUCGUGUGGUCAAGGAACGACGUGUAGAGUUGUGAAUCAUAGUCCAAUAUGUAUAUGUAAACCCGGAUUCAGCGGUGAUCCAUUCAUACGCUGUUCAUUUGUACAACCUACUCCAACACCAAGCCCACCCUCGGAUUCUUGCAUACCAUCUCCGUGUGGACCUAAUUCGCAGUGUCGCAAUGUCAACGGUUAUCCCUCAUGCUCUUGUAUGAUUAAUUACAUUGGUACACCGCCUAACUGUCGACCGGAAUGCGUCAUUCCCGCCGAUUGCCCGAGCAAUCAGGCUUGCAUUCGCGAAAGAUGUCAAGAUCCAUGUCCAGGUUCUUGCGGCCUGAAUGCUAUUUGUACUGUUCACAAUCACAUUCCAAUCUGCAGAUGCAUAGAAAGUUACACUGGCGAUCCGUUUACCGGUUGUCAACCUAUACCGAUCAAUGAACCAGUGCAGAAACCCGACCCAUGCAGCGCGUCACCCUGCGGACCAAAUGCCCGAUGCACUAAUGGCAUUUGCAAUUGCCUGCCUGAAUACUUUGGCGAUCCUUAUAUUGGCUGUCGCCCAGAAUGCGUAUUCAGUACAGAUUGCUCCAUCGACAGGGCGUGUAUACGAAAUAAAUGUGUAGAUCCUUGUCCGGGUACUUGUGGACAAAAUAGCUUAUGCAACGUGAUAAAUCAUACACCGAUGUGCAGUUGUCCCCCUGGUACCGCCGGAAAUGCAUUUAUCUCUUGCAACAUAAUGAGAGUUCCUCCCGUGACAAGACCGUGUAAUCCGAAUCCCUGCGGUCCGAACAGCAUAUGUCGAGAAUUAAAUGGACAAGCAGUGUGCAGCUGUGCGCCAGAAUUCCUUGGAUCGCCGCCCCUCUGCCGACCCGAGUGUACCCUCAGCUCCGACUGUCGGCAAAACGAAGCUUGCGCCAAUCAGAAAUGCAAGGAUCCUUGUCCCGGAACAUGCGGCAUUCAAGCGAGAUGCGUAGUCGUCAAUCACAAUCCUGUCUGCUCGUGUCCCGAACGAUUUACAGGCGAUCCGUUUAUCAGAUGUGACGUCAUAAAACCAGUAGAGCCUAUAAACCCUUGUCAACCCUCGCCCUGCGGUCCGUACGCUCAGUGCCAGGUCAUUAACGAUUUGCCAUCCUGCUCGUGUCUGCCCGAGUACAAAGGCUCGCCCCCGUAUUGUCGACCUGAGUGCGUCUCCAAUCCCGAGUGCCCCAGCCACCAGAGUUGCGUGCGGCAAAAGUGCAAAGAUCCCUGCCCAGGUUUAUGCGGGGAGAGUGCGGAGUGCCAUGUAGUACAACAUAUACCUCAUUGCGUCUGUUCCUACGGUCUCACCGGUGAUCCGUACACGCGCUGCUCGGUGAUAACACACGAACAACCGGAACCAGAACUGUUGUCGCCCUGCGCAAGUUUUGAAUGCGGCGCAAACGCGAUAUGUAGAGAGAGAGACGGUGUCGCAGUUUGUCAGUGUACCUCUAACUAUGUUGGAAACCCGUAUUUAGCAUGCCGACCCGAAUGUGUCAUUAAUCCCGAUUGUCCGCCCAACUUGAUGUGCGUAAGAAACAAGUGUGUCAAUCCUUGCGCCGGCAUGUGCGGUCAGAACGCCGAAUGCUCCGUUGUCAGUCAUCAACCGAUGUGCACAUGCCUCCCUGGAUAUACUGGUGACCCCUUCGUUACUUGUUCCAUACAUAAAAUAAUCUCAGACGAGAACGUUUGCUCCCCGUCACCCUGCGGACCCAACAGCAAAUGCAAAGAUGUAUCUGGACAGGCUGUCUGUUCAUGCCUCCCGACCUAUAUUGGAACUCCACCUGCGUGUAGACCUGAAUGUGUCGCUAGCUCAGAAUGCCCUCCGCAAUUAGCAUGCAAGGAUUACAAAUGUGUAAACCCCUGCCCAAGCCCAUGCGGACUCCAUUCCAAUUGCGUGGUCGUUAAUCACAGCCCUAUCUGCAGUUGUAUGUCCGGUUACAGUGGAGACCCGUUCACCAUAUGCACGUUAAUUCCACCUUUUACGCCACCAGGCCCGGUAGAGAAAGACCCUUGUGUGCCAUCCCCGUGCGGUAGUUUCUCCCAGUGCAGAAAUAUCGGUGGUUCUCCCGCGUGUACCUGCUUGGAGAAUUACAUGGGUCAACCGCCGAAUUGCAGGCCCGAAUGUACCAUAAACCCAGAGUGCCCGAAUGAUAAGGCCUGCAUUAACAUGAAGUGUAUGGAUCCAUGUCCCGGUUCGUGCGGCACCAAUGCCCUAUGUUCAGUCAUUAACCACAUUCCAUCGUGCAGAUGCCCAGAGGGGUACACCGGGAAUACAUUUGCCCUUUGUGAGCUGUUACCGCCAAUAUCGACUCCAAUUGAAGACGCCUGUGUCCCGUCACCCUGCGGUCCCAAUGCAGAAUGCUUUGACGGUGUUUGUACCUGUCUGCCGGAGUUCCGGGGAGAUCCUUACGCAGGUUGCCGGCCCGAAUGCGUCCUAAAUGACGAUUGCCCCCGUGAUAGAGCGUGUGUGCGUAACAAAUGCCUGGACCCGUGCCCCGGAGCGUGCGCCGUUAACGCACUGUGCACUGUGAUCAAUCACGUCCCCAUGUGUAGUUGUCCUGGAAAUAUGACCGGCAAUGCGUUCAGCCAGUGCACAUUUUUACAAGACAUGCCACCCGCUAAUCCGUGCGCCCCUUCACCCUGCGGACCGAACAGCGAGUGUCGCGUUAUAAACAACCAAGCGGUCUGUUCAUGCAUAAGAGGAUAUCUAGGUAGCCCUCCGACCUGCAGACCCGAGUGCAUAGUCAGCACGGAUUGCCCGCAGAAUGAGGCUUGUAGCAACCAGAAGUGUACGAACCCUUGCCCAGGAAGUUGUGGACUAGGCGCCCUGUGUCACGUGGUGAAUCACAAUCCGAUUUGCGUUUGCCCUCCCUCUCAGACAGGCGAUCCGUUUGUUAGAUGUUACCAGCCACCUCCAGCACCAGUAACCCCCACGCCGUGCAAACCAAGCCCGUGCGGUCCUAAUUCGCUUUGCCGACCGCGAGGUGACGAAUCUGAAUGCUCAUGUUUGCCCGAUUUCAUCGGCAGUCCGCCUAAUUGCAGAGCGGAGUGCAUUAGUAAUAGCGAGUGUUCCAAUCACUUAGCUUGUAUCAAUCAGAAAUGUCAAGAUCCGUGCAUUGGUUCCUGCGGUGCGAACGCUAAUUGCCACGUCGUUAGUCACACCCCAAUGUGUUCUUGCGUGAACGGUUACACGGGUGAUCCAUUCACGCAAUGCGUCUUCAGAGAGCCCACACCACUGCCUGCGCCUGUCGAUCCUUGUACUCCCUCUCCUUGCGGCUCUAACGCGGUGUGCAAGGAACUCAACGGUGCUGGUUCAUGUGCAUGCUUGCCGAAUUACAUCGGUAACCCGUACGAAGGAUGCAGGCCGGAAUGCGUUCUAAAUUCGGAUUGCCCCGCCAGUCUGGCUUGCAUAAAUACGAAAUGUCGAGAUCCGUGCCCAGGAUCAUGUGGCCGCAAUGCGUUAUGCCAAGUGGUCAAUCAUUUACCGGUGUGCAACUGUUAUCCCAGAUAUACGGGCAACGCCUUCUUAUAUUGCAGUCCGACAGAGAUAGAAGGAGACGAUGCCAUUAGUCGCCCUUGCGAACCGUCACCCUGUGGACCCAAUAGCAGGUGUCGCGUGGUAGAUAACACAAGUGUCUGCACUUGUUUACCUUCCUUCCUCGGCAGUCCACCAAACUGCCGCCCCGAGUGCACCGUCAGUGCCGAAUGCGCCUUCAAUCAGGCGUGCAUCAAGAAUAAAUGCAGCGAUCCCUGCCCUGGAUUGUGCGGUACUAAUACGAGAUGCGAAACAAUCAAUCACAACCCCAUAUGUUCGUGCCGACUUAGUUUCACCGGUGAUCCAUUUGUUGCCUGUUUCGAAAUGCCACCGAAAGAUGAAGAGCUUCGGCCUCUUGUGAACCCUUGCGCACCUUCACCCUGUGGACCUUUCUCAGAAUGCCGUGAUAUUAACGGCCAAGCGUCCUGCGCUUGCUUGCCAACGUAUAUAGGAACACCACCCAAUUGCAGGCCCGAAUGUUCUAUUAAUUCAGAAUGUCUGAGCAAUCAGGCGUGUAUACAGAGAAAGUGCAGAAAUCCUUGCGAUGGAGUAUGCGGAGUAGGAGCAAUUUGUAAUGUCAUUAAUCACUUCCCCGCGUGCUCCUGUCCCAGUGGAUUCACUGGGGAUCCAUUCGUAGUAUGUAGACCGCUUCCCGAGGAAGAUACAACAGUUAAACCAACGGAUCCGUGCUUAAAUUGCGGUGCGAAUACACAAUGUCUUAAUGGAAUAUGCAUUUGCCUUCCCGAGUAUCAAGGAGAUCCAUUUGUGGGCUGUCGUCCAGAAUGUAUUCUGAAUCAGGAUUGUCCGAGGGACAGGGCUUGCAUUAAAAACAAGUGCCAAAAUCCGUGCAGUUUCGAAAUCUGCGGUCACAAUGCAUUGUGUACCGUCGUCAAUCACAUACCAACCUGUACGUGCGCGCAAAGAACGACAGGGAACGCAUUUAUAACGUGCUCCCCGAUAGAGGUAUCGAUACCGAAAGAUCCAUGCUUCCCAACACCGUGCGGGCCGAACAGUGUGUGCCGUAAAAUAAACAAACAGGCCGUCUGUUCUUGCAUAUCUGGAUAUUUGGACACACCACCUAAUUGCCGAGCUGAAUGCAUUAUCAGUUCCGACUGUCCCGCUAAUACGGCCUGCAAUAAUCAGAAAUGCAUAGAUCCCUGCCGUGGAGCAUGCGGUAUCAGAGCGCAGUGCACCGUAGUCAAUCACAAUCCGAUUUGUUCGUGUCUUUCCGAGUUCACUGGCGACCCCUUCACUCAGUGCAUUCCGAGACCGGCAGAACCUCCGACCCCUGUUAAUCCUUGCAUUCCGUCUCCGUGUGGAUUUAAUAGCAAAUGUGACAUCUUGAACAACGCACCUUCGUGCUCUUGCUUGCCAGAUUUUAUCGGCAAUCCACCGGAUUGUAGACCGGAAUGUGUUAGUAAUAGCGAGUGCCCCACACAGUUAGCGUGUAUCAAUCAAAAGUGUCGUGAUCCUUGUCCAGGCUCGUGUGGUACUAACAGUGAUUGUCGAGUGAUAAGUCAUACGCCUAUGUGCGUUUGCCUUGUCGGAUUCGAAGGUGAUCCAUUCGUAUUAUGCAAUCCCAAGCAGAGUGAUGUUAUAAAUCCCGUGAAACCAACACCCUGCAUUCCGUCGCCGUGCGGUUUUAAUGCGGUAUGUCGCGAACUGAACGGCGCUGGUUCUUGCACAUGUCUAUCGGAUUAUACAGGCAAUCCAUACGAAGGUUGCCGACCUGAAUGCACAAUAAAUUCCGACUGUACCUCAGAUCGAGCGUGCAUUGGAUCGAAAUGUCAAAACCCUUGUUCAGGUUUCUGUGGAUAUAACGCGGUGUGUCAAGUAGUAAAUCAUGCGCCGUUGUGUACAUGCCAACCUGGAUACAGCGGUAAUCCGUUCGUCUCUUGUAAUAGAAUUGCGCAAGAUACAAUUAUAGAACGUAAUCCAUGCAAUCCUUCUCCCUGCGGACUGAACAGUCAAUGCCGCGAAUUAAAUGAUCAAGCAGUAUGCUCUUGUUUAUCCACAUUUAUCGGAGCUCCACCAAAUUGUCGCCCAGAAUGCACUGUCAGUUCUGAUUGUCCCGUAAAUCGUGCGUGCAAGAAUCGCAAAUGCGUUGAUCCGUGUCCUGGUAUCUGUGGCAUUAACGCGAGAUGCGAAGUGAUUAAUCACAGCCCGAUUUGCAGUUGUAACCAAGGUUUUACCGGUGAUCCCUUCGUAACAUGUUUCCAAACGCAGAUAGAUAAAGAUACUCCCUUGCCGACAAAUCCGUGCGUUCCAUCCCCGUGCGGCCCAUUCUCGACUUGUCGCGACAGUGGUUAUACCGGCGUGCCGACAUGUACAUGUUUGGAAAAUUAUAUCGGCAGCCCUCCGAAUUGUCGGCCAGAAUGUACUGUAGAUUCCGAAUGCAGUAGCAAUAGAGCGUGUUUGAGACAGAAAUGCAGAGAUCCAUGCCCAGGCUCGUGUGGCAUCGGAGCACAAUGUCUCGUGGUUAAUCACAUGGCUGUCUGUCUCUGUCCCAAGGGUUAUACCGGAAAUGCCUUUGCCAAUUGCUUCCCAGAAUCUCCUCCUGCUCUUGUACCACAAGAUCCUUGCAAUCCGUCCCCAUGCGGAACCAACGCGAUAUGUCGCGACGGCACCUGCACCUGUCUGCCGGAAUAUCAUGGUGAUCCUUACUCCGCGUGUCGUCCCGAGUGUGUGCAAAACCCAGACUGUCCAUUAGACAAAGCCUGCGUCCGCAACAAGUGCUUCGAUCCAUGCACUGGAAUCUGCGGGCAAAAUGCAAAGUGCACAGUCAUAAAUCACACCCCGAUGUGCAGUUGCCCGGAUGGAAUGUCUGGCAAUGCGUUCGCGGUGUGCUAUCCGGUUGAAGAUACUAUUGUUAUUGAAAAUCCAUGCUUUCCGUCGCCCUGCGGUUCAAAUAGUCGAUGCCAGGGCUUUAAUAAUCAAGCGGUAUGCACGUGUAUACCUGGAUACAUGGGAAAUCCACCGGCCUGCCGACCCGAGUGCAUAGUUAAUACCGAUUGCGCGCUAAACGAAGCUUGUAUCAAUAUGAAGUGCGGCAAUCCUUGCCUCGGCGCGUGCGGUAUAUCUGCACGUUGCCAAGUGCUGAAUCACAAUCCGAUUUGCAGUUGCCCACCUGUAUUUACCGGCGACCCGUUCAUACGUUGCAUACCGAGACCGGAGGAUGUACCGAGACCAAUAAACCCGUGCCAACCGUCGCCCUGCGGCCCCAAUGCUCAGUGUCAAGUCAUCAACAAUUCACCAUCCUGCUCUUGCACGGCAGAAUUCAUUGGAACUCCACCAAACUGCAGACCGGAGUGUAUUAGUAACAGCGAAUGUCCGAGUCAAAUGGCGUGUAUUAAUCGCAAAUGUAGAGAUCCGUGUCCCGGAUCUUGCGGCGCUCUGGCCGAUUGCCAUGUUAUUAAUCAUGUGCCCACUUGCACAUGUCGCGUCGGUUACUCAGGCGAUCCAUUUGUUCAGUGUACAAUCAUGUCCAAACAACCAUCGGUACCGAGUCAGCCUUGUCAACCAUCCCCUUGCGGGACAAACGCCGUAUGUAGAGAACAAAAUGGCGUUGGUUCUUGUACAUGCUUGCCCGAAUAUGUUGGAAAUCCCUACCAAGGAUGUCGUCCCGAAUGUACUAUUUCUUCAGACUGCCCCGCGCACUUAGCUUGCAUUGGAUCAAAAUGCCAAAAUCCAUGCCCCGGUUCGUGCGGUGCCAAUACCAAUUGCCAAGUCGUUAACAAUGUCCCUGUUUGCACUUGCAUCCCUGGUUACACUGGCAACCCUUACAUAAAUUGUAUUUAUCAGGUUCUUCAGAUUUCUGAGAAAGAACGUGAGCCAUGCAAACCUUCUCCUUGUGGCCCGAACAGUCAAUGCACUAAUAAUAAUGGACAGGCCGUCUGCUCCUGCUUGCCCCAGUUCAUCGGAACUCCACCAAAUUGUAGACCGGAGUGCUUAGUAAACUCCGAGUGUGGAUCAAACCGAGCAUGUGUGAAUCAGAAAUGUGUAGAUCCGUGUAUCGGCACUUGUGGCCGCGAUGCUCAAUGCAAAGUCGUACAUCACAGCCCCAUUUGUGUCUGCGCAAGCGGAUUUACGGGCGAUCCGUUUGUUUAUUGCUUCGCAACUCCAAUUCCAAAACCAGAAGACCAAUACCCGAAGGACCCAUGCUUACCGUCGCCCUGUGGACCCAAUGCUAUGUGUAGAGCUAUCGGUGACACGCCAGCGUGCAUCUGCAUGCAGAAUUACAUCGGUGUCCCACCUAACUGUCGACCCGAGUGUUCGAUAAAUUCGGAUUGUCCCGCUGACAAAGCUUGCAUCAGAGAAAAAUGUAGAGAUCCUUGUCCAGGAUCAUGCGGCCUCCUGGCGCGCUGUUCGGUCAUUAAUCAUACGCCAUCUUGCGUAUGUCCUGAAGGAUACACCGGAGAUCCCUUCGUCAGUUGCGAUGUUGUGCGCCAGAAACCUCUACCUCCUCCAGACCGAUGUAACCCGUCACCGUGCGGCCAAAACGCUCAAUGUAACGACGGAAUUUGCACAUGUAUACCCGAAUACUUCGGAGAUCCGUACGCCGGCUGCCGACCGGAAUGUGUCAUUAACACUGACUGUCCCCGCGAUAAGGCAUGCAUGCUCCACAAAUGUCGCGAUCCCUGCAUCGGGACGUGCGGCGUUAGCGCGGAAUGCAAUGUCAUCAAUCACUUGCCUAUGUGUAGUUGUCCGAGAAACAUGACGGGCAAUGCGUUUAUUUCUUGCACAGCCCUCCAAGAUACAUACACUGUGGAGCAACCGUGCAAUCCAUCCCCGUGCGGCCCGAAUAGUCACUGUCGCGCGUCAAACGGUCAGGCGAUUUGCGCGUGCAUCGCCGGAUUUAGAGGAGCCCCGCCGUCCUGUCGACCGGAGUGUCUCAUAAGCGCCGAUUGCGCCCGCAAUCGUGCCUGCAGCAACCAGAAGUGCAUCGACCCGUGUCUCGGAGCGUGUGGAUUAGCUGCGCAAUGUACCGUUGUCAAUCAUAACCCGAUAUGCAGUUGCCCGCCUUUGUACACAGGAGAUCCAUUCGUUCGAUGCGCGUUGCAACCGGAAGAACCACCACAGCCACCGACAGAUUCCUGUCGGCCCUCACCUUGCGGCCCGAGCGCGAUAUGCCGAGUCCUUAAUGGCGCUCCGUCAUGCUCGUGCCUGCCCCAAUUUAUCGGAACUCCGCCCAGAUGUAGACCGGAGUGUGUCAGUAACAGCGAAUGUCCCAGUCAACAAGCUUGCAUUAAUCAAAAGUGCCGGGAUCCUUGCCCCGGAUCCUGCGGCACGAACGCGGAAUGUAGAACCGUCAGUCACACCCCGAUGUGCAUUUGCGCCAGUGACUUUACCGGAGAUCCAUUUAUCCAGUGCAAUCCCCGACCGAUCAUCACACCGCCCACGCCAUUAAAUCCGUGCCAGCCGUCGCCGUGCGGCGCGAACGCUAUGUGCCGCGAGGUUUCCGGCUCGGCUUCCUGCAUUUGCCUGUCCGAUUUUUAUGGAAACCCGUACGAAGGCUGCAGACCAGAGUGCGUAAUCGGCUCCGACUGCACGUCUAAUCGAGCUUGCAUAAGGAACAAGUGUCAGGAUCCUUGUCCAGGAACGUGCGGUGUUAAUGCGAUUUGCGAAGUUAUCAAUCAUAUACCGACGUGCAGUUGCCAGCCGAGAUAUACCGGAGACCCGUUCAGAUAUUGCAGACCUAUGCAAGACACUCCACCGGCUCCCGUAGGCGAUCCUUGCCGGCCAUCACCGUGCGGUCCCAACAGUCAGUGCCUUAAUGUAAAUGGAAAAGCUAGCUGCUCGUGUCUGCCCACCUACCGAGGAACUCCUCCCGGAUGCAGGCCCGAAUGUGCCGUUAGCACGGAAUGCCCCAUAAAUCGUGCGUGCGUCAAUCAGAAAUGCGUCGACCCAUGCCCAGGUGUGUGCGGCAUCAGCGCCAAGUGCGAGAGUCUGUCUCACAGCCCGUUCUGCAGUUGCGGACCCGGCCAGAUCGGAGAUCCUUUCGUCAAGUGUUUCGACAUGCCCCUGAUGCCUACAGUGCCGGUACAGGUAAACCCGUGUAUCCCAUCGCCCUGCGGUCCGUUCUCCACGUGCCAAGACCGAGGAGGCUAUCCGUCUUGCACGUGUAUGCCCAAUUACCUUGGAUCACCGCCGUACUGCCGUGCCGAAUGCUCAAUUAAUUCCGAUUGCACCAGCGAUAAGGCUUGCAUCAGAGAAAAAUGCAGAGACCCCUGUCCCGGAUCUUGCGGCAUUAGUGCCUUGUGCACUGUGAUCAACCAUACCCCAGCUUGCACGUGUCCCGAAGGAUACACGGGCGAUCCCUUCAGCAAUUGUAACCUGGCGCCUAUCUCCAUUCCUCCGGUGGCAUCAGACCCGUGUGACCCAUCGCCGUGCGGAUCCAAUGCCGAAUGCCGUAACGGAAUCUGCAGUUGCAUACCUGAAUAUCGCGGCGAUCCGUAUCGAGAAUGCCGACCGGAGUGCGUGCAGAAUUCCGACUGUCCGCACGACAGAGCCUGCGCGAAUAACAAGUGCGUGAACCCUUGCGUCGGAAUUUGCGGCCAGUAUGCAGAAUGCGCGGUCAUCAAUCACGUAGCUACUUGUAGCUGCGUCCAAAGCUAUGAAGGCGAUCCGUUCACCCUCUGCAAACGUGUGCAACCACGCGUGAAACCCUGCGAGCCUUCCCCCUGCGGACCCAACAGCGUUUGCCGUGAAUUCGGCGAUCAAGCCUCCUGUUCUUGCCUGCCUGGUUACUUCGGAAUCCCGCCGAGCUGUAGACCCGAAUGUUUGGUUAGCACUGAUUGCGAGCAGAAUAAGGCUUGCGUGAACACGAGAUGUCGCAAUCCCUGCGAAAACGCUUGCGGCCAGAACGCGCUGUGCGUAGUGCGCAAUCACAAUCCCAUUUGCAGGUGUCCCGCUCAGCAUUCCGGCGACCCGUUCGUCAACUGUUUCCCCAUAACACCAACGGAUGUAGAACCCACCAGGGACCCGUGUUACCCCUCGCCGUGUGGAUUGAACUCGCAGUGCGCGGUAUCCGCCGAUAAUAAACCCUCCUGCUCCUGCUUGCCCACCUUCAUGGGAUCUCCACCCAAUUGUAGACCCGAAUGCCGUGUAAACAGCGACUGUCCCAACAACCGAGCAUGCAUUAGGCAGAAAUGUACCGACCCAUGCGUGGGAUUGUGCGGACUCAAUGCACUGUGCCAAGUCAUUUUGCACCAAGCCCGAUGCACCUGUCCCGAAUCAUACACUGGAGACCCAUUCACAGUUUGCUCUGAGAUAAUAUCAACUCCAGCGCCACCAAUAUCUUAUAGACCGUGCAAUCCCUCACCGUGCGGAAUAAACGCAUACUGCCAUGAAAGAUUCGACACUGCCAUUUGUGAAUGCAUAUCGAACUACAGAGGCAAUCCAUACCAAGGCUGUCAGCCCGAGUGUCUCGUGAAUACCGACUGCCCGAAAUCACAAGCGUGCAUCAGGACGAGGUGUCAGGAUCCUUGCCCUGGUACUUGCGGUGUUAACGCGAUCUGCUCGGUGUCCAACCAUGUUCCUAUUUGCUCUUGUCCACUGCCAACGAUUGGAGACGCUUUUACACUUUGUCAAAUUCCCAUAGAAGAUACUAAAGAAGCCGAUCCGUGUUAUCCUUCACCGUGCGGGCCUAAUGCUGUUUGCGAAAAAGUUGGUAAUACGGCAAUUUGCAAAUGUUUACCUGGACUGCAAGGUGUUCCAACCAGUGUAACCGGCUGCCAUCCGGAAUGUGUGCUUAGCUCAGACUGUUCAGGCGACAAAGCUUGCAUACAAAAUAAAUGCAGAGAUCCUUGCUCUCAAAACGUGUGCGGCAGCAAAGCGUUGUGUAAGACGAUCAAUCACAGUCCGCUUUGCAGCUGCCCGUCUCCGCUAAUCGGCAAUCCCUUCGAGGAAUGUUACACGAAGAUCGAAACCAAUCCUUGCAGUCCGUCGCCUUGCAAUUACAACGGCGAGUGCAGAGUGAGAAAUGGCGUUGCUAUUUGCAUCUAUCCUGAGUGCGUUAUUAAUUCGGAUUGUCCACGUGAUAAGGCCUGCUUCUCGCAAAAAUGCAGAGAUCCUUGCGUAGGCGCGUGCGGUAUUAAUUCUCUCUGUCAGACCGUUAAUCACAAGCCAGUGUGUUCCUGUCCAGUUGGAUUUACAGGCAAUGCGCGAGUGCAAUGCACAAUUCCAACACUUAGCGAACCGAUUCCAGAGUGUACUCACAAUUCUGAAUGUUCAAACGACAAGACCUGCUUCAAUCAAAAAUGCGUUGAUCCGUGCACUCUCGAUUCUUGUGGCCUUCACAGUCGCUGUCAUGUAACAAUGCACAGAGCUAUAUGCGUUUGCAAUGAAGGCUUCACCGGAAAUCCUCAGCAAUAUUGCCAACAAAUCGGUUGUCGCAGCGAUAACGAAUGCUCACUGGUUCAGUCUUGUAUCAAUAAUGAAUGUCUUGACACCUGCCUCGUUACACAGUGCGGUAUCAGUGCAUUGUGUACCGCUGAUGGAUACCAUAGGACUCGAUGCUAUUGUCCUGACGGAUACACGGGUAAUCCUUACGAGAUAUGCGAAAGACCCGAGUGCACUAGUGACAGCGACUGCGUUUCAUCCUUGGCCUGUCGCAACCUCAAGUGUGUCAAUCCUUGCAAUUGUCCACCACCGGCAUUAUGUACUGUCGUCAAUCAUCGACCGGUCUGUAAAUGUCCACCUGGCUUCGUAGGCAACCCUUACAGCUCGUGUCUCAUGGAACCGAUAGAAUCGGACAUCGAAUGUCAAGUUGAUGCGGAUUGUCCCAGCAAGCUGGCGUGUUUCAAUGGCGUUUGCAAAGAUCCAUGCACAGAAACGAAACCGUGCAUUCCUAGCGCCAAAUGUAGCGUCGUCGACACCUUACCGAUGAGAACAAUGAUCUGCGAAUGCUUGCCGAACUUUGCUGGCGACGCUACCGUUGCUUGUAUACCAGUGGACAAACAAAUUGCUGCUAUAUGUGAAAGUGAUUCGCAAUGUACAUCAGACAUGGCUUGUCUAAACCGCCGGUGCAUCAAUCCUUGUACUGUCAACCCGUGCGCUCCGAAUGCGGAAUGCCACAUCGAAAACCAUCGUCGCAUCUGUCAAUGUCCUCACGGACACGCCGGUGAUCCGUUUAUAAAUUGUUACGAAGAAGAUGUAGUUCUUCCGGAAUGUAGAACAAACAGCGAGUGUUCGUCCGACAAAGCGUGCAUAAAUCAGCUGUGCCAAGAUCCGUGCUCCAGCAAUCGCUGCGGCCAAAAUGCAGAGUGCAUCACGAUUAAUCAUCAUCCCUCUUGCCACUGCCAACACGGUUUAGCUGGUGAUCCUCAAAUUCAAUGCUUCAGACCGGAAUGUAAAACAGACGAUGAAUGUCCUUAUGACAAGACCUGCCGAAAUGAGAAUUGUGUCACUCCUUGCUUCCUGGGUGACAUCGUAUGCGGUCGAGGAGCGGAGUGCAGAGCGGUGUCCCACAGAGCGCAAUGUAUUUGUCCGCAAGGUACUCAAGGUGAUCCGCGAGUGGCGUGCAUCUCCGCAAUCUGCCAUUACAACGAGGAUUGCGCCGAUCACGAGGCCUGCGACAGACUGAACAGGAUUUGCAGACCGGUUUGCGACGACGAUGCUUGCGCCGAAACAGCGACUUGCAUCGCACGCGACCAUCAGCCGAAGUGCAUAUGUCCCGCGGGUACCACGGGAAAUCCGUAUAUAACAUGCAUCGGCACUCCUAUCGAGCCGGAAUGCACGCAAGACAGCGAAUGUGCAUUGAAUCUCGCUUGCAUUAACAACAAAUGCCAAGACCCGUGCGUGUCCGCCGGCAUGUGCACCAGUGAACAGGAAUGCAAGGUCCUCAACACGAUACCGCUUCGUACCAUGAUCUGCUUGUGUCCACCAAAUACCAUCAUCGAUGUUAAUAGCCAGUGCAAGCCGAUUGUGCUGGCCGAUGUGGAAUGUCACCUGGAUCAAGACUGCGCUAAUCAGGAGAAGUGCCUUGACGGAAGAUGCGUGGAUGCCUGCUUAACAACUCAGUGCGGCUUUAACGCGCAAUGCAAAUCCACAUCUCACACCGGCAUCUGCUUCUGUUCUCAAGACUUCACGGGCAAUGCUUACGUAGAAUGCAUAAGAGUUCCAGUCGCGCCAUUGCCAGGACGUCGACCAGAAUGUUACGCCAACAGCGAAUGUGCGAGCGACAAACAAUGCAUAAAUUCUCUCUGUGUGAAUCCGUGCGUCGCUGGCGAUCCUUGCGGCAGGAACUCCCUGUGCCACAUCGACAAUCAUAAUCCAAUUUGCAAGUGCCCGAUCAACUACGUCGGCGACCCUACGAUCAAAUGCAUACCACCGGAGAUUAUGGUCGAGUGCGCAUCAAACAGCGAUUGCGCGGGAAAUUAUGCCUGUGUCAACGGCGCUUGCAUCAAUCCAUGCAAUUGCGGACCCAACGCCAAGUGCAACGUCGUCAACCAUUAUCCUACUUGUGUAUGUCCUCCCGGCUAUUCUGGAAAUCCUCAGUUGGGAUGCUUCAAGCUCGACUGCGAAUCCGACAGCGAGUGCGAUUACGCAGCCACCUGCUACAACGGUCAGUGCGUGAAUCCUUGCAUCCUGGACAACAAGUGCGCCAUCAACGCGGAAUGCUACGGCAAGAACCACCGAUCGGCCUGCCGUUGCGGUCCCGGUUACAACGGCGAUCCUCAGAUUCAUUGCGAGAGGGUCGAGUGUAACGCGGACCACGACUGCCCUUACAACCUGGCCUGCAACGACGGUCGUUGCGUGAAUCCUUGCGCCGAGAAUUCACCUUGCGCGCAGAACGCGGUUUGCUAUGUGCAGGAUCACGUAGCGUCCUGUCGCUGUCCCGAGAACAUUCCGCUGGGAAAUCCGUUCUCCUAUUGCGAACGACAUCCCGCGGACGAACUCGAGGAGCCGGAGUGCAGAGUCGACAUCGAUUGUUCGGACAAACUGGUCUGCAUCCGGGAGAAAUGCAUCGAUCCCUGCCCGGUCAUCAAGCCGUGCUUGGAGAACGCUCGCUGCGACGUUCUCGACACCGUACCUGUGAGAACUAUGAUUUGCACGUGUCCGGAGGGAUGGAUCACCGACACUGAUGGUGCAUGCAGACCCAUACAACUGACAGUCAUCGGAACGUGUACAACGAACGACGAUUGCAGCGAUCGCGAGGCUUGCAUCAACAGGCAAUGUCGCAAUCCGUGCAACUGCGGCACCAACGCGGUCUGUUACGUGAGGAAUCACAAACCGAUUUGCUCCUGCGAGCAAGACUAUCAGGGCAAUCCGGAAAUCGCGUGCCACUCGGUCGAGUGUCGACACGACAGCCAAUGCACACUCGACAAGUCCUGCGAGAAUAACAACUGCGUGAAUCCGUGCCUGGUCGCGGAUCCAUGCGGCACCAACGCCGAGUGCUUCCCGAACAAUCACGUGGCUGACUGUCGCUGCCGCAAGGGCUACCACGGCAAUCCGUUGGAUCGCUGCCGCGUGAUCGGCUGCUACAGCAACGGCGAUUGUCCGGGCGAUCACUCGUGUAUAAAUAUGCAGUGCAUCGAUCCUUGCAUUCACGACAAUCCCUGCUCGCCUCGCGCGGAAUGCAGGGUUCUGAACCACCUGCCGAUAUGUCGCUGCCCGCUGCACUACACCGGAAACCCUUACGUCAAUUGCCGACCGGAAAUCAAACCCGAGUGCAGAGAGGACAGCGACUGUCCGGACUCGCUCGCCUGCCUGAGCAGCAAGUGCCAGAAUCCGUGCCCGAUCAUACAACCAUGCACGGAUCCGUCCGAGUGCCGCGUCCUGCCGACGCAUCCGAUACGCACCAUGGUGUGCGUGUGUCCCAGCGGAUAUGUCAGCAGCGGCAGCGGUACCUGCCGAGCUACCACGCCGAUCGCCAAAGUCGAGUGCACCAAGGACGAUGACUGUCCGUCGGAAAGAUCUUGCGUCAACGCGAUCUGCAGGGAUCCCUGCGCCUGCGGACCCAAUGCUGUUUGCAGCGUCAUCAAUCACAAACCCAUAUGUUCGUGCACGUUGGGAUACGACGGAAAUCCGGACAUCACUUGCACAAGAGUUGCGGGAUGUAGAACGGAUGGCGAUUGUAGCGGUUCGCACGCGUGCGUCCAACGCAACUGCGUGCCGGUAUGUUCGCCGUCCCUGGCUUCCUGCGGCAAGAACGCAGUGUGUCACGGUAUAAAUCACAAAGCUAUCUGCGAGUGCCCGCCUGGUUUCGGUGGCAAUCCGAGAGUCUCCUGCGUAUUGCUAGGAUGUAGAAGCAACUCGGACUGUCCGACGAACAAGGCCUGCAUCAAUAAUCGCUGUGAAAAUCCCUGCACGCAGAACCCGUGCACCGGCAACAUGGACUGCAACGUUUACAAUCACGUCGUGGAAUGUGCGUGCCCGCCUGGCUACAUCAGCGAUGUUACAUCAGGAUGUACUAAAGUUAAAGAAAAGUGCAAGGCGGAUAACGAAUGCCCAUCUCAGACUGCAUGCUUCAACGGACAAUGCAUCAAUCCGUGCACAAAGAUCGAGCCGUGCGGCAUUAAUGCCGAGUGUAAAGUCCUAGACACCAGCCCAGUCAGGACCAUGAUAUGCGAAUGUCUUCCGGGAUAUCGUGGCAAUGCAAUUGUCCGUUGCGAUCCAGUGAAUGUGUGUCCAAUUGAGAAAGGUCAAGUUCGCGAUGAAUACGGUAAUUGCAUCUGCCCGCUUGGAUUCGGCAAGGAUGUGAACGACAAUUGCGUACCUUGCCGCAGGCAGUCCAACAUGGUGAUAAAUGAGGAUGGUUAUUGUGUAUGCGAUUUAGAAAAGGGCUUCAGCAUAGACGAAUACGGUCGUUGCGUGUGUCCAACGCGCUACGGCUACAGAAUAGAUGCCAGUGGAUAUUGCAAACAGCUUGGUAUAAUAGAAUGCAGACGUAAUGAGGAUUGCGCCGAUGACAGAUACUGCGAGAAAACUACUUGGACUUGCCAAGAUCCCUGCAAAAAUCAACACUGCGGUGUACAUGCGCUUUGCAACGCCACUAAACAUCAAGCUGUCUGCAUCUGCGUCAACGGCUACUUGGGCAAUCCGUACACGCAAUGCUAUGACAGAAAGGAUGGCCGAACAGAUUUCCCCAGACCUGAAAUGGACGUGAGCUGCUUGUCUGACGGAGUGCAGGUCGUAAUACAUCUGCAAGAUCAAGACUUCGAUGGAGUUUUGUACGUUAAAGGACGCAGCAAAGAUGAACAGUGCAGAAGGGUUGUUUCGUUGCCAGCUGAAACUGAACAUAAGACGGAAACAUUCAAAGUUGCAUUUGGCAAUUGCGGACUGAUACACGUGAAUGGACAAGCUAGUUUCGUACUUGUCAUACAGAAACAUCCGAAACUGAUGACUUACAAGGCACAGGCUUAUCAUAUUAAAUGUAUAUAUCAAACUGGAGCGCAAAACGUUACCCUCGGCUUUAACGUGUCUAUGUUGACAACCGCUGGAACAAUUGCCAAUACUGGCCCACCACCUAUAUGUAUAAUGAAAAUAAUUGCGCAGAAUGGAAAUGAAAUUAAUUCGGCCGAAAUUGGAGACAAUUUGAUGCUUCAAGUGGAAGUUCAACCUUCAACCAUUUAUGGUGGAUUUGCGCGAAAUUGCGUUGCUAAAACAAUGGAAGACAGUAAGGAGAAUGAGUACAUCGUGACGGACGAGAAUGGCUGUGCGACAGAUCCUACAAUAUUCGGAGAAUGGGAGCAAAAUCCUGACACUCAGUCGUUAAUGGCUAGUUUCAACGCGUUCAAAUUCCCUAAUAGCGAUAAUAUAAAAUUCCAGUGCAAUAUACGCGUGUGCUUUGGACGUUGCCAACCUGUAAAUUGCCGAGGCUAUAAUGCCUUCGGUCGUCGCCGCAGAGACGUCGAUGAUGUCAACGACACGUCUCUAAGCGUAUCUGACGGAUUUGAGGGCCAACUUCGCGAGGAGAUAACUAUUCAAUCAAAUUUAAUAUUCACUCUGGAUAGGAGAGAGGAGAGGUAUACAGCAGAUCCAGCUGAAGCUCCUUCAGCGCAAAGAGUAGAAGAUAUCUGUGUUUCAAUGGUCGGCUUUAUCAUAGCGUUGAUAAUUACGGCGCUUUUGGCACUGGUUGCCGUAGCUAUCGCUGUGUCAUGCUGGCUUAUGGCGUAUCGACGUCAGCCAAAGACUGCUGGACCACUGCCACACCCACCAGAGUUCCCAAACCCCUUGUUCACUACAGAAUCUGUAGCUGAACCUUCUCCUGAUUAUCACCUAUCAUAAGUCCCUUAGAGUAAUUAAUAUUUUAUAAAUAACAUAAAUUUUAUAAUUCUCAUGGAAUGCAUCUCUGACCAUUCGUUCCAUUGGUCGGUUUUGUAUUUCUGUAUACAACUCCUCCAGUGACUAUCACUUCGUUUCUUCUCCCUCUCCGUACCUUCUUCUCGAGGAUUCAAACAAUAAGUCACUGUUAUAUACUACGAGUCAUGAUAUAUACAUACUAUUUAUGGUGAUGGUUAGCUUCCAUUAUAUAUAUACAUACAUCUACUUGCAAGAAAAGAAAAAUGCGGGAUUAUCUCUUUUUCAUACAUCUUUCCUAUAUUACUUUCUCUAGUCAGUGGAGGAUUUGUUAAAUGUAAUGCUGCGAAUUUAAUACCUGUGUAAAGUCAACGAAUUAGUCUAAUAUAGCUUUCUUAUUGCGAAAAAAUAGGUAAUUGUACAUUUUAUCUAAUAAAAUGCUAACGAAUAUUUUUAAAAA